GCGAUGUUCCAAAAUUCGGUGUUGUUAACUUUUACCAUUUUUUUAUCAUUUACUCGAGCUGAGUACAGUUCCUACUAUGCAACCUGCCCGGAAAGGUACGCAAGGACUACCAUUGCGUCCUGCUGCACACACCCACUCCUGAUGCCGCCGGUAGUUAUGAAGUCCUGUUUGGCCGUCAAACUUCCGCCAGUUGUCCGGGGUCACGUCGCUCCCGAGAAACCCCAUUGCCAGGCAGAAUGCGCGCUAAAUAUGACCAAAAUAUUGACCAAUAAGAAAUUUUCGGCCGUUCGAGCCAAGCAAGUUUUGACGUCGCGGAUUCCACCCAAAUCGGAGUGGAGCAAGCUGGUCGAAAAGGCGGUCAACACAUGCUACAAGGCGUUUUAUGUCAAUCCCUUCGAUUUUCAUGAAGACAUUAAAAAUAACAAAACUUCCAGUCAGUGUUUACCAUCAGCCUCUCUGUUUCUGAACUGUGUGAUUGGAAUAACAUAUCGGGAUUGCCCGAAUGCUAGCUGGAUUGGAGGCGAGCGUUGUUCAGAGUUUAUCCGUACCUUAAUGGAUUGUCCGUACAUUUUCGUCCAGUCUACAGUGUAUUGAACAGAAUUUAAUGUUUUCAAUCUAAAAAAUUCCUUGCUCUAAUAAAAAAUUGCAUUAAUCAUUCACCGAGUUGCACAUUAAUUCAUUGCCAUCCUGCU